CCCCCCUUUUCCCCCUCCCCCUCGCUCGCUCCCGGCGAUCCCGAUCCUCCGAUGCUCUCCGCCGCCGCCGCCGCCUCGCCGGGCUCCGACGGACGGUCUCCGGCGUCGCGCUGCUGAUCGCCGGCGGCUCGCCUCGGAUCCGACGGAUCUGACCCGGCGCCGAACGGGACCCUUUCUUAUGGCAUCAGCCCUCCUGGUCAGUCGAAUCGAGCCGUCGUGGGGUGACCGGAAGGUGUAUAUGAGGAAAUACACCGCCGCUGCCGCCGAUAAUCCCCUCUUCAACCCCAAUUCGAACCCUAACCCUAACCCGAACCCGAACCCUAGGCACGUCCACGAUCCCGCCAAUUUGCGCUUCCGCAAGGACGAGGACUUCGCCGCCGCGGCCGCCGUCGACAAUGACGCGGCCUCGUUCGCCCCGAGGUCGAGGUUCGACGCCGCCUCCGAGUACGUCACCUUCAAUCUCGGGGGUUUCUCGAGACCGCAGCUCAAGGAGCUCAAGAGGCGCCUCGUGACGGAGCUCGAGCAGGUCCGUGUCCUCCGGACCCGCAUAGAGACCGCGGCUGCCUUCGAGGCCCGGCCCGUGUACCAGACGUCGCAGUUCUCGGCCACCCGGCCCUCGCCGGAGGCUGCGACGGAGUCCCCGAGGCUGAAAGACAAGGGGAUUGCGGCGAAGGCGCACGCGGGGAAGAAGAAUUCGGGCAUUAAGCGUGGAACCCCUUUCGGGUCGGACAAGGAUCCGAAGAGACCCGUGAAGGAUUUGGUUGCUGCCGGCCCAGAUAAGUUCGUCGCGAGCAUGAUGAAGCGGUGCGGCCUGAUCUUGACGAAGAUCAUGAAGCACAAGCACGGGUGGGUAUUCAACGUCCCUGUUGACGCCGUGGACUUAGGGCUUCACGAUUACCACCAGAUAAUCAAGAACCCCAUGGAUCUCGGCACCGUGAAGACGAAUCUCGAGAGGAAUUUCUACCAAUCGCCACAGGAGUUCGCGACCGACGUAAGGCUGACCUUCAACAACGCAUUGACGUAUAACCCUAAAGGGCACGAUGUGCAUCACAUGGCGGAGACGUUGCUCGUGCAGUUCGACCAAAUGUUCGAUCCUGCCUUGAGGAAAUACGAAAAGGAGCGGCAGAAGGCGUCUGCUGCCGCAGCAGCGGAGGAGCCCAAACCCAGGGUUUGGGAUGAGGAAUUGGUUCCGGAAAGCACCACGAGGAGGGAUCCAGAAGUAAUGCUGGUGGAAAAGAAGAGAAACCCCAGCCCAAAAUUCAACCCACCAUCCGCAUUGUCGAAUCAAGAGCCAUUGGUGACUUCUCCGCAAGUUGCACAGCCGGCGCCAGUGGCUGUGCCUGGUAUGAAGCGAGCGAAGUCUGGGAAGUUGCCGAAGCCGAAGGCAAAGGAUCCGAAUAAGAGGGACAUGAGCUUUGAGGAGAAGGCGAAGUUGGGGAUGAACUUGCAGAACUUGCCCCCUGAGAAAAUGGGUCAGUUAUUGGCCAUCAUAAGGAAGAGGAACAAGCAUUUUGCACAGGAUGGAGAUGAGAUUGAGCUCGACAUCGAGGCCGUGGAUACCGAGACUCUUUGGGAGCUUGAUCGGUUCGUUUGCAAUUACAAGAAGCUAGCGAGCAAGAUCAAGCGCCAGGGGCUCAUUCACAACCAGGUUGUUGCUUCAGAGAUCACCAACAAGUCGCCGGAGAGGGAAGUAACUGAAGCUGUUGUGCCGCAUAAGGGAAGGAGGGGAGAAGCUGGUGGAGAGGAGGAUGUGGACAUUGGGGACGAGAUACCCAUGAGUAAUUAUCCUCCUGUGGAGAUUGAGCGGGAUGCGAGAUCUAAUACCUCUAGCAGUUCAAGCUCAAGCAGUGAUUCAUCUUCAUCUAGUGGGUCAGACUCUAGAAGUUCUUCUGGGAGCGAUUCCGAGGCGGACAGUGUUCAAUCGCCCUUUGUUGGUUCAAAAGGAGCCCACGGAACUUGAGGAGGGGAGGAGUUUCUUGUUUCGGUUGAAGAUUUGGGACCCUUGAGAUAAUGGGUCGGUCUAAGUCCCUUGGCUCGUCGAAGGAAGCAAUCUUGGUGGGGGGGUUGUGUUGGAGUUGAGUGAGAGGUAAAGAAGAGGGUUUGAAGGUUGAGGUAUGUUUGUGCCUUUUGUUUAUUGCGAUUGUGAUGUUGCUUGCAACUCCAAGGAGUGGGCAAGGACUGGAUAAGGGGGGAAUUGCUGCAAGGCAACGGUGGGGAUUUGCUCUGAAGUGGCUGGACCAGAGAUAAUACUUGCCAGAGCAAAGGAAGAACCAGAAUAUUGUAGGGACGACUGUUAGGAUAGGGUAAUGCAAAUUUGAGAGAGAUAGGAGUAGGUGUUCUUUUAGUGUAGCUGUACCGAAAUCUUCGAAAUGAAUGAUAUGAUCAAAGUAGAUGGCCGAAAAUUUUUUUGUACCAUACCCCCAAGUAAAAUCCGCCACAUGGGUUUCACUGUGGUCAAGAUGCAUAGCAAGAAUGAAAAACAUGUACAGAGUGAGAGGGAGAAGAGAGAAGCAGAAAUGCAGAAAAAGGGAAAAAUUUGCUUGCUUGCUUGCUUGUUCUAGUGCUUCAAGUUCAACCCAUGUGGGCUUAAGAGCUAUUCUUCAGAUUUCCCUUGUCCAUCCAUAUUUAUGUGUAUGUGUGAUAAGAGAAGCCGCCUGUUAUAUCAA